CACACCUACCCCAGCAUGGGGACACAGCUUAGGUUCGCCUUUAUUUUAGUAUCUCUUUUCCGGCGUGAUCUUUCUGCUGCCUUUUGUCCAGCAAGCUCUACUUUUAUUCCCGUAGCCAGAGAGCUUUUAAUAUUCGAGCUACCAGUCAGGUUUAAACUCUUAUAUUACAGGCAUGGGAACGGAGCACACAAAAAAAAUGGAAAUUUAGCAGGACAAAAAGCUAAAUUUGCACAAUUUUGCGUGUGUGUGGUCCUUAUACUUUGCCUCUUCCCUCCUUCGCUUGUUGCACAAGCCCCUACAAAUUUUACCUUCAACCAAUUCAAUGCCUCCACCCUCGAAUUGUUUGGGAAUGCUUCAGUGCAGUCCACUGCCAUUUCUCUUAAUAGCCCAUCCCACUUCAGUAUCGGCCGCGCUUUCUAUCCUGGGUCUCUGAAUUCUACCUUUUCUUUCAGCACAACUUUUGUGUUUAGCAUUGUUCCUUCUUCAGAUACAGAUAGCGGGCAUGGACUGGCGUUUAUAAUGACGCCCCACAAAUCUCCAGAGGGUUUUAUAUCAGCUCAGUACCUUGGCUUGAUAAGCAAUAUCUCAAGCAUGGGAGAGGCCUCUGAUCAUCUUUUUGCGGUGGAGUUUGACACGACAAAGAACGUGGAAUUUGGGGACAUCAAUGACAAUCAUGUUGGUGUGGAUCUCAAUAGCCUCGUGUCUUUACAGGCUAAGAGUGCAGGCUACUGGACUGACAACAACCAGUUCAAAGAUUUGGAUCUCAACAACGGUCAGAAUAUUCAAGCUUGGAUUGAUUAUGAUCAUCUUCAAAACGAGGUCAAUGUCACCAUUGCAGAGCCUGGUUCACAUCGCCCAGAAAAACCGCUGAUAAAUGCGAAAAACUUGUCCCUGUCCAACAUUUUUCAAGAAGAAAUCUACGUUGGUUUCUCAGCAGCUACAGGAACCCUUGUUGAAGAGCAUUACAUACUCGCCUGGAGCUUUGCUACAAAUAGAAACGCCCCAUUCCUGAAUACAUCUAAUCUUUCGUCCUUUAUACACAGAAAGUCCAAGAGCUCAAAUUCCAGACUAAUAGCCGGCAUUAUCACAGCUUGUGUGGUCCUCCUCCUCGUGGUGGUGGCAGCAUCACUUGUGCGGUUGAAGAGAAACAAGUACAGAGAAGUCAUCGAAGAAUGGGAAAUGGAGUAUUGGCCUCACAGGUUUAAGUACAAAGACCUAAAUAUUGCAACCAAGGGCUUCCGAGAGGAAGAACUUUUGGGAUCCGGAGGCUUCGGUCGGGUAUACAAAGGAGUCCUUCCCACAAACGACCUCCAAGUAGCAGUGAAAUGUAUCCUUAGAGAAACCGAUGAUGGGGUGAAGGAAUUCAUAGCAGAAAUCUCUAGUCUUGGCCGGCUUCAACAUCGAAACCUUGUUCAGAUCAGAGGCUUCUGCAGGCGAGAAAAACAGCUAUUCAUAGUUUAUGACUACAUGCCCAAUGGGAGCCUGGACAAGAUGCUAUUUGGAAACCCAAAGAAGGUGCUCGACUGGGAUCACAGGUACAGAGUCCUCAGAGAUGUCGCUGCAGGGUUGUUGUAUCUUCACGAAGAAUGGGAGCAAUGCGUAGUGCACAGAGACAUUAAGUCCAGCAAUGUUUUGCUGGACUUAGAGCUGAACGGAAAGCUGGGAGAUUUUGGGCUUGCCCGUCUGUACGAGCACAACGAGAACUCGCACACUACUCGUGUGGUAGGAACGCUGGGGUACAUCGCACCAGAGCUGAUACACACAGGAAAGGCCAGCCCCGCCACAGAUGUGUUCAGCUUUGGUAUUUUUAUGUUGGAGGUUGCAUGCGGAAGGAGACCUGUCGAUAUGUCCCUCCAAUCUGAAAAAGUAGUUAUGGUGGACUGGGUGAGAGUGCUCCAUGACACAGGCAGUCUGAUGGAUGCAGCCGACCCAAAUCUUGGUGGGCAAUAUGUUGAAGGUGAGAUGGAGAGAGUGCUGAAACUGGGUCUGAUCUGUUCCAAUCCUCACCCAGAACGCAGGCUUGGCAUGAGACAAGUUCUGCAAAUACUUGAAGAAGAAGCUCCACUACCAGGUUUUGAAGGUCCGGUAUAUUCGGAGACGAGUGCACCCAGCAGUAUGACGUGGAAGUCUCCUCCAUAUUACAGUCGUAGCACAGAAGCUUCCACUUCCAUGUCUCUCGACGGACGAUAGACGCUACAAAAUUGCCUCAUACCUAGCACUUUCAUUCUUUCCUCCACAACCAACCCAAAUGCAAGCUUCUAAAAUUCGUUUUGACAGAGCCAGUAUGUACAAGGUGGAUCGAGGAUCUGUAUGGCGUGCUCUUGCUGCUGUAACCUGUUUUUUUAAUUUUAAUCCAGAGAAAUCGAGGGUUUUCUUUAGGAUUAAGGUAUAUAAUCUUUCGAUCUGGAGUUUAGUACUUUACAGGAUGAAUCCUUUCAUAAUCUUUCCAACAUGUACAAUAGACCAUCAUCUAUAUACCAGUAAGAAAUUUAAAAUUGAAUCUAGGACUGAACCAACCCCAGAGACUACUGUAACAUGCCUGUUAGUGUCCGUAUACUCUAAGGAUUCAGCUUAGCUUUUAGACUUACGGGUGUAAGUAUUUGUAAUGUAUCUGAAUACGAUACGUAUUUAUAGUUUAGUACAGCUUUUAAUGCCAGCAUUUACGAAGAUGUUAAUCAUUGAAUUUAUAGCAGUAUAUUUAUUGUAAUCCAAGUUGACACGUAUGCAAUUAUGUAGCACUCAAUAAAAAUAU